CAGCGAUAACAUUCUGUAAUUGGAAAAACAUUUUUUAUAGAAAUGCAAUUUAUUAAGAAAAAGUUUGAAAUAAAGAGCUUUAGGAUUCCUAAUCUUGGCUGUCCACAUAUUACACAGCUUGUAAGAACAGAAAUGACAAACUACACAGAACCAAACCUCUUUUCCCGCAUGAUGCAAUUUGACCCCCGAUCUGCAGCAGAUCGCUUGGCCAUCUGGAUAGUGUGUGUGACAGGAUGUAAGAAAUCACCAGUUCAGUUGGGUAUAAAUGGUUGGAAGGAAUCCUUUCCAGACAUCCAGAAUGUUUCAAGCAUUCUUCUUGCAGGUGAGAGUGAAAACCUUAUAAAAACUCUCUGGAUUUCUUCUGAUGCUACCUAGUAGGUACAAAGGUAACUUCCAACGAAAACUGGACAGACGUUACUUAGUCAGGAACCAUGUCAACAUUAAAUGUACAGGGGAGCUCUCCUCUUACUUUCAUUCCAAAUGAUAAUGAACUUAAUUAGGCUGAAAUAUCUCCCCAAACCUGAAUUAUACUAAAUAUUCAUUUCAGGAGCACUGAUACUGAAAUCUCCAAAAAGUAACAUGUUUCUCUGGACACCAAAGUCACUUUCCCUUCUCUUGGCGGCUGCCUGCCUCAGAGCAGCCGUCCUGGGCCCACAAGAAGCCCGCAGGUCCCAGCCUGAAGGGGACAAGGCCCGGCAACGCCGAGCUACCCCGCGGACGCGGGCACUACCCGGCUGUGGGAAGGCAGGUGGGCGACCGGGCAGAGAAUCGGAGAGCUCUCUCCUGGGGAUCUGGCAGAACAGCCCUGAGCCUCCCGUGGAGCGGAGGCGGCCGCCCUGCCGUGCCAGCUCUCCGCCAGCCGCGGCCCUCUGCUUCGAAACCCGCCCGCAGACUCGUACUCAGGCCGCUGUCGGGGAUCCGAGGCCCGUUAGCGCCCGUUGCGCCGUCGGGCGCUCCCAGCGGAGGCGGCUCCCCGGCACCGCCCUUGCCGAAGCCGUCGGGGGAUCGACCGGGCUCCGGCAGCGGGCAGCGGAGACGCUGCCUGGGCGGCCGGGGCGGGGGGCGGGGAGAAGGAGCCGCCCCCCUUCCCCGCUCCCCUCAGCGGGGCUCGAGCCGCCCGGAGGUUGCGCGCCCUCCCCCCCUACGGGGGCGCCAGGGGGCGACGCGCGCGGGCGCGAGCGUGGGGGGGCAAGGCACGGCGGGCGCGCGCGCAUUACCCGGCAUGCAGCGGGCGGCGGGCUCGCACCAAGAUGGCGGCGCCUCUGGAGGAGUACGAGAAAGAAGCGGGCUGCGUCCCCAUCCUGCACCCGGAGGAUGCUGCCUGUCCUUCUAGGGAUAGCGAUGUCUUACUUUAUUUCUCUCAGAUUUCCCAGAAUUUUAGUCUUUCAGCAGCAUUUGUUUCACUGUGUUUGCCUGUUUGCUCAGCAAAGUAAUGAGACAAUAUAAAUGUGGAAGAGGGUUACAUUUUAACUUUGCAGAAUCCAGUUUAUGGAAUUAAAGAGGAAAAUGUUUGUUUGCUUGAAAACUGGAUAAUUUCAGCAUUCGCACUGUUCUCUGCUGCUUUUCAAAGACACUAUGAGCUAAAGAUUUUACUUUCAUAGCAUCCUUGUAGUUGAGAGAAACACUGGGGUCUGUUACAAAUGAGACUAGAACUAAGUUGAAAGCUUUUUCUAAAGUCAGAGGGAGCCUGGCUGAGUUGAACCGUCAGGCCUGUCAUGCCCAGUAUGUGGUGUAACACUAGAUUACAAUUUGUCUUGUGCAAUUUUGAAAUCUAGUAAUUUCUUCCUGUGCUUGUAGGAUGCCCUGAGGUCUUUAGAAGCAUUUCCUUGAUUGUCUCUGUAAGGAGGGAGGUAUCAAAAAAUGGAGAGGAGUGGGAAUGCUGUGGUCAGAGCUUGGAAGACUGCUCAAGACCAGGGGAAGAUAACUCAAGAAGGAGGAAGCACAGCAGCAAGACAGGGAGGACAUCAGACUGUGCUUUGGAAACACUUGUAUUGCUGGCUUUGAAGGAUGUGGUUUUGUGAAAGAGUUUAAGCUGAUCUGAAGCCACGGUGGAACCCAGGCACAGUCCCUUACCCUUCCUGGUGUUAGGUCUUGCAGUUACAUGGCCAGUCAGUGAAUUGGGAUACUUCUAGCUUUGUGAGUCUGUGACCUGACCUAAGUGAAACCAUUUCUGCACUGUUGUAAGAACUGGUAAGAGGUAAAGGAGAAUGUACUGCCAGGACUAUGAGUGUGACCACCCCUUCUCAUGGCAGGGCAGUUUUAGCCUGGCUUAAGCUGGCUGUGAAACCUACCUUUAAAUGCUGCCAGCUGCACGCAUCUGCCAGUGAUGCUUGCCUGGUCCCAGGAUGAGCCAGUUCAAGAAAGUAAAUCAUCCCAUACAAACAUCCCAUACAACAAAAAAAGUGAGUGACUUUCAGCCGGUUCAGUAAACCUACUCAUAGCAUCAAGUGCGCUACAGUACUGACAGAAGGUAGAUGGUGAGCUGAUGUGACCAGUUUGGAAGAUUAGGAGUUGGAUAGGGUGGGGCUGUUCUUAACUGUCAGACCACAGAUUUACUAAGCUGUCUCUCACAUGCUGCUGACUAUCAGCAUGACUAGAAGCACCUUUCAUGCACUUCCUGGUUGUGGUAGAUGAACCAGCCUGUGUUUAUCAUAAGUGGGAAUGAGAGUUUGCUUAGUUGUUUAUUGAUUUGAAGCCCCAUUUGCUGGUUCAAGGUUGUGGUGGGAAUGGUGAAUUGAAGUUUUCCCUGAGGACUGACAGCAGCUUCUUUUUUUCUGUAUAUGCCAAGGAGAAAAGAGGGUCCGUAGCUAGACUGACUGCUCAUUCUAUCAUGUGCGCUUGCCAGUGCUCUAGUUCUUGAUUUAAUGUUUUCACUGUUCCUCAGGGAUGAGUUAGCUUUAAACUUGCUAAGCAACAUAAUUUACAUUUGAGUGUGGCUUUGGCAAAUACUUGCUGAAUAAAGCAGAACCUUCAGUAUACUUUUUUCAAAUAUGUGAUGUUACCAGGUUUGAAAAUUGAAUGAAGAAUCUUGAUCUUUGAAAAAGAAUGUUCAGAAUAUCCUUUCCUGGGAAUUUUAAAAAGUGUGGGGUUUUGUGGUUUGUUGUUUUUUUUUUUUUUUCCUCCAAGUAGUUGAGGAUCAGGAUUGAGCUAGAUACAUACUUUGGUACAUUUUUAAAGUUUAAAGUAGCACUUUAAAAGAGUGAAAUGCGUAAAUGGUUUUAAGUUGCUCUCAUGGUGACUGAGUACUAAUGCUAGAUCUCUCAGGGAUUUUUGUUUAUGUUGAGAGGUCUGCAAGCUCAUAGGCUCUGAGACUCAUACCUGUUUAGAUCACUUGGAAAAAAAUACACUUUUAUUUCUGUUGAAAUCCUGAGAUUUUGACUGAGAACACAAUGCAACACUCUGGAAAAGAAAGCCAGAAAAGAUGUAUGUACACACUAAUGAAAUAAAGCCUCAAAGCCAUUACAACCAUGGAUAUAGUGAAUCUAUUGGACGGAAGAGCCACAUUGAUGAUUACAGCACUUGGGACAUUGUCAAAGCCACACAGUAUGGAAUAUACGAACGAUGUAGAGAGUUGGUGGAAGCAGGUUAUGAUGUACGACAACCGGACAAAGAAAACGUAACGCUUCUUCACUGGGCUGCGAUCAACAACAGGAUAGAUCUGGUGAAAUAUUAUAUAUCAAAAGGUGCUAUCGUUGAUCAGCUUGGAGGAGAUUUAAAUUCUACCCCACUUCACUGGGCAACAAGACAGGGUCACUUAUCCAUGGUGGUACAGCUGAUGAAAUACGGGGCAGAUCCGUCGCUAAUUGAUGGAGAAGGAUGUAGCUGUAUUCAUUUGGCUGCCCAGUUUGGACACACUUCGAUUGUUGCUUACCUGAUAGCAAAGGGACAGGAUGUAGAUAUGAUGGAUCAAAAUGGAAUGACACCUUUAAUGUGGGCAGCUUACAGAACACAUAGUGUGGAUCCAACCCGAUUACUACUUACAUUUAAUGUUUCUGUUAAUCUUGGAGACAAAUACCACAAAAACACAGCAUUGCAUUGGGCUGUGCUGGCAGGAAAUACUACAGUUAUUAGUCUUCUGUUAGAAGCUGGAGCUAAUGUUGAUGCUCAAAAUAUAAAGGGAGAAUCACCACUUGAUCUAGCAAAACAGAGGAAAAACGUUUGGAUGAUCAAUCACCUACAGGAAGCAAGACAGGCAAAGGGAUAUGACAGUCCAUCCUUUCUGAGAAAACUAAAAGCUGAUAAGGAAUUCCGUCAGAAGGUGAUGCUGGGAACUCCUUUCCUAGUCAUUUGGCUGGUUGGGUUUAUAGCAGACCUAGACAUUGAUUCUUGGCUCAUUAAAGGGUUGAUGUAUGGUGGCGUUUGGGCUAUGGUGCAGUUUCUUUCAAAGUCAUUCUUUGAUCACUCCAUGCACAGUGCACUGCCUCUUGGAAUAUACUUGGCAACGAAAUUCUGGAUGUACGUGACGUGGUUCUUCUGGUUUUGGAAUGAUCUCAAUUUUUUCUUUAUACAUCUUCCCUUCCUCGCUAAUAGCGUUGCACUUUUCUACAAUUUUGGAAAAUCCUGGAAAUCUGAUCCGGGAAUCAUCAAAGCCACUGAAGAACAAAAGAAAAAGACAAUAGUAGAACUUGCAGAGACAGGAAGUCUGGACCUCAGUAUAUUCUGCAGUACCUGCUUGAUACGGAAGCCAGUGAGGUCCAAACACUGUGGUGUAUGCAAUCGGUGUAUAGCGAAGUUUGAUCACCACUGCCCGUGGGUGGGUAACUGUGUAGGAGCAGGGAACCAUCGCUAUUUUAUGGGAUACCUGUUUUUCCUGCUUUUUAUGAUCUGCUGGAUGAUUUAUGGAUGUAUCUCUUACUGGGGUUUCCACUGUGAGACAAGUUAUGCAAAAGAUGGAUUUUGGACCUAUAUUACACAGAUUGCUACCUGUUCUCCGUGGAUGUUCUGGAUGUUUCUAAACAGUGUUUUUCACUUCAUGUGGGUGGCUGUGUUACUCAUGUGUCAGAUGUAUCAGAUAUCUUGCUUAGGUAUCACUACAAAUGAAAGAAUGAAUGCAAGAAGAUACAAGCACUUUAAAGUUACAACCACAUCUAUUGAAAGCCCAUUCAACCAUGGAUGUAUAAGGAACGUUAUAGACUUCUUUGAAUUCAGAUGCUGUGGUCUAUUUCGGCCUGUUAUUGUGGACUGGACAAGGCAAUAUACAAUAGAAUAUGACCAGACUUCAGGAUCAGGCUACCAGCUAGUGUAGCACCACCUUCAUCCUGUAAGCAUAUCAUAUCUGAGUGGUGCCUGAAAAAUUUUCUCUCUCUCUCGAAUCCGCAUCCCUUGAAGAGUAGCAUGCUAUGUGUAGGGCUGAUGAUGAAUCUUAAGGUACCUUCUCUUCAUCAGAAUUUUAUUAACAAAAGUAAAAAUGGACAGAAUAAACUGCCAAACCUGAUAAGGAAGAGGAGGAAGAUCAAAAAGGGAUUUUAACAGUUCUUAACAUGACAUUCGCAACAGCAUAUUCACAGUAUUUGUUGUUGGGUUUUUUAUUUAAAGUCUUUCACAAUGGAGCAUGAGAUUAUUGAAGUAUUGACAUAAGUAGUUACGUUGUGCUGAGCAGAAGAAUUUAUAUCCCAAUAUGAAUAAUUCCACUGAAACAAGAAUCUAGACUAUAAAACUAAAUUUCAUCAUGCAGAGUUCACUGAUCACUAUGUUGUAGUUCCUGUAAUGUGAUUUUUUAAUACAGAUUUUCUGUAGUGUUAUGUACCUUGAAAAAUGUGCUUUUCAGUACUGUUAUAAACAUCAUGUGGUGGGAAUCCCCUGUAACAUGUUAAGUUAUAGCAGUAGGGCACAUCAGAUAAUGUUGAGAAAAAAAUACGGUGCCCACGGUUUUUGGUAAUUGUUUUUGCCACCAGUUAGCGGUACAACUAAAUACUUGUAAUAACCCUGUUCUGAGAUUAUAUAGUCUGAAAUAAUUGCACAAAUAAGGAAAGCUCUUCUGUCAAAGUGAAAGCCCUGCUUAAAUGCAUGAUACACCUGUAAAACUAGAUUACAGUAUAUAAUGCUCAGGAGAAAAGUGGAAAAAAUUCAUUAUCUUUGAAGUAAUUGUAUAAGCAACUUACAAACUAGCAAUGUUUCAAUAUUAGGUUUGGUUCUCAUACAGUACAGUGUAGUGUAAUUGGAGGCAUGUUGGAAGAGAAGUUGUAUCGGGGAUACCACAUAUGUGAAAGCAAAAAUCUCAAUUAUGAAAAGACAUGAUAGUUUUAAAUCGAAUGCAACUGCAGAAAAACCACCCAAAGUUUUCUGAAACGCUUACUUUGCCUGGAUGUAAAAUAAUGGAAACCAAACCUUGAAAAAAAAAAAAAAUUAAAAAUCCCCAUAAUAGCGCACACACAGAGAAAAUGUAAUGCAGCGUUCUGAAGAAGAUGGUGUGUUGGCACAUGGAAAUCACCCUUAAUUUCCUUUGUUAAGUUCUUAUGCUACAGAUAUGUUUGGAAGGUAAGGAAUGAUCUGAAAUUGCAUUCCAAAGGGGCUUUUCUUGAAUGUGAUGCACUGAUUUUUGUUAAUGGUGUUUUCAUAUACUCAUAGUGAAUUGUUCACUGCUUCCUUAACUAUUGUUUACAGAGAGACUGAGAAUCAGGUUAGUUCUCUUCUAAGUGCUGUAGCAACCCAGUGGUUCGAGAAACCUGUGAGGGGAGUUUGGGGAGGGACCUGAAAGCAGAUGUCUGAGACCAGUGUAAAGAAUGUGUAUCUGUAUAUAAAUAAUUUAUCAAAUAGUUUUCUCUCUGUGAGUGUGUGUUUAGUGUAUUUAAAGCUGCUCAUUUUCAUUUUAUUCAACCAAAAAAAAGUGUAGGAAGAUAUCUAAUGAGCUUUUAGUGAUGUUCAAUAUUGCUGUUAAUAGGCAUUAUGCCCUGCAAAUUCACUGCAUGUUUGAUGCUUGGCAAAAUUAGCGUUUUCUGUAAUAUGCAGAUUACAGGUAAUAAAGCAAUCUAGUGGUAUUCCCGGCCCUUGCCUUAGUAAGAGGAGCAGUGAAACUGUAAAUAGUUGAUGUUCAGUAUUUGCAAGUAAACUUUUUUUCUGUAGUUGUUCAUUGAUCUCAAGACACACACUUAGUUUGCAAGUACCAGAUAUCAGGAUUUACAGAAGUGCAGCAUUAGAGUACUUGAAUGUUUAAUACUGGAAAAAUCAACAUCGUCUUGGACACAGUUUUAAUGGGAGAGGUUUGCGUGUAGGAGUGGCAAGAAGCUUUUGCUAUUUUUGUCAGACAAAAUUUGUAAUCCUAACGAAGAUGCAUUCUGUUUCAGUGAAAACAGUUGACAUCAGUUAUUCGUAUUUUUUUCUAAUCAGAAAAAAGCAUGAAGACUUUACAAUGUUGUUUAUUUUAAUCACCAGUAAUGUUCUGCAUAUUUGUUCAUAAUUUUUUUUUUUUUUCCACAUUUCUGUUAGGGGUCGGUUGACUUGAAGAACUUCAAUCCACUUUAUUAAAUAUCACUUAGCACCAGAAGAGCAGUUCAGUACGUGAUACAAGUUUUGGUUUUAGUUGCCCAGUAGCAUUAACUGCCAUGAAUUGUGUCAUGCAGUCCAUGUAAAAAACGUUUGCAAAAGAAGAGGUGAUCUUUGGUAGUACGUAGUGAGUUCUGCACUAUUUACUUGUUAAUAGCUCUCUGGUGCUGUUUUUGUCAAGACCUGCAGAAUUUGAGCAAUGGUAGGUAGUUGUGAAAAUUAACUUGCAUAUAUGGAUUCAGGAUGUAUGAAGUUUCCAGUGCAAAAUGUAACUUGUCUUGAGUAACACUGAAUCUUUUGAUGUGAAAUCAUAAAAUCAAGCAGGGGGGGAGCCAACUAUGCAGCAUUUUUCUGUCAAGUUAUCAAACUUACAAUUCAGUUGUCGAACCAAAACUGCAUUGCUUCUGAAAUUUAACAAAGCUGAUCCAGACCAACAGCAGAUCAGACCAACUUAAUCUGACAUAGGUAGAAUAAAUGGGAAUUUUGUCUUGGCCCUAAACAUGUGCUGUUUCUUUGCAGGUUUCUGUAUUCUUUGAUGUCCACCAGAUUAUAUUUUUUUUUUUAGUUAAUGUGUAAAACAGCAUCACUACAUUUUAAGCUAUGGAUUUUUUGUAUAUUCUUUAUUUAUAACUGUGCCAAGUAUUAUUUUAAUACUGUCGAGAUCUUGAUGUAUUACAUUGUGAACAAACAAAUCUGUAAAAUGUUUAAUAAAUUAGCUCUCCUUACAUAAAUUAAA